AUGCACAAUAAAUGUAUCAAAUGACACAUUCAUAGCAGCAGAUCUUCCCCAGAGUUCAACCAUGUCAGCCUCCAUGUUCAUAAUCCUCAUACCAAUUAUUCUACUCUCCUUCAAUGCAAGAUUCCUUGAAGCUGAGAGUGGGCAUCUUCCUCUAGAUGAAUUGAAUGCACUUAAGGAAAUAGCUGAUCAGGUGGGCAAGAAGGAUUGGGAUUUUGGACUAAAUCCUUGUGAUACCAAUAACUCAAAUUGGCUGACACCAACAGAUUGGGAUAAUCCUCUGUACACUAAUAAUCUCACUUGUGAUUGCGCCUUCCCUGGUGGUAUUUGCCAUGUGCAAAGCAUAAAUUUGAAAGGACAAGAUAUGCAAGGUGUCCUUCCUCCUGCCUUGGUGAAGUUACCCUUUCUCAAGAUAAUUGAUCUCACCCGCAACUACUUAAGUGGUACAAUUCCCCCUGGAUGGGCUUCUAUGAAACUGGAACUUAUAUCGCUUACUGUGAAUCGAUUGUCUGGACCAAUUCCAAAAUACUUGGGAAAUAUAACAACUCUUACAUAUUUAAGUCUGGAGAAUAAUAUGUUCAAUGGAAGUGUUCCACCUGAGCUUGGGAAACUUGUCAACUUACAAUCUCUCUAUCUUACCGCUAAUUAUCUCACAGGCGAAUUGCCAAAAGAACUUAAUGCUCUCACAAAUUUAACAGUACUUAAGCUCAGUAGUAAUAAUUUCACGGGAAAACUGCCUAGCUUUCAAAGUUUCAAAAACCUUCAAAAACUAGAACUUCAAGCAAGUGGUUUUGAAGGACCCAUACCUGAAAAUAUUGCUGCAUCAACAAGCUUGAUAGAACUUAGAAUAAGUGAACUGAAUGGAGGUGGUGUCUCCAGAUUUCCUACAUUAAACAACAUGACAGGAUUGAAAAAGUUGAUGUUGAGGAGGUGUAAUCUUUCUGGGAGGAUACCUGAUAUAUCUCAUUUGACAACCUUGCAACAACUAGAUUUGAGUUUUAAUAAUUUGGAAGGAGGGAUUGAUGUUCUUCAAGGUCUUGAUAAAGUGCAGUACAUGUUUCUAACGAACAACUCGCUGAAUGGGCAAAUACCACAAUGGGUUCUAAAUCGAGAGUCCAAAUAUUACAUAGAUCUUUCUUACAAUAAUUUUGAGGAGAGCUCCGUGUCACCGAUUUGCACUCGAGAAACCUUAAACUUGUUCAAAAGCUAUAAUGGAGGACAAAAUUCAAGGUGUCUAAAGCAAUGCACAAAAGAUUGGUAUUCAUUUCACAUCAAUUGUGGUGGAGGCAAUGUUUUGAUUGGUGACACUACAUAUGAUGCAGAUCAAGAUUCUUCUGGCCCUGCGAAAUUUGUUUCCAAUCGAGAGAACUGGGUAACCAGUAAUACAGGGUACUUUUGGGAUAGAAAUUUAACACUACCUGACUAUACAACAACAAAUAUAUCUGUCAUAAAGGGAAAAGACUCUGAAAUCUACCAAACAGCUCGGUUGUCUCCUUUAUCUCUAACAUAUUACGGGCGCUGUUUAGCAAAUGGAAACUAUACUGUGAAACUUCAUUUUGCGGAGAUAGUUUUGAGAGAAAAUAGAUCUUUCCAAAGCCUUGGAAGACGCAUAUUUGAUGUUUAUAUACAGGGUGAAAGGAAGUUAAAGGAUUUUGAUAUUGAAACUGAAGCACAAGGAGUUGACAAAGUGUUGGUAAAACAAUUUCAAGCAGUUGUCAGCAAUAAAACUUUAGAGGUGCGCUUUGAAUAUGUAGGAAAAGGAACAUCAGCAGCGCCGCGCAAAGGAAUAUAUGGCCCAUUAAUAUCUGCCAUUUCUGUAGAAUCUGAUUUCAAGCCUCCCAAAAAGAGAAAGACUUUAAUCAUAGUUGUUGCAGUAACUUCUUCUUUGUGUCUUAUUUUCACAAUUCUCUGCUUCGCUUGGUGGAAGUUCUAUAUUAGAAACAAGACCUCACAAGAAAAUGAACUACAAGGCAUUGAUCUACAAACUGGAAAGUUUACAUUUAGACAAAUUAAAGCCGCUACAAACAACUUUGAUGCCACAAAUAGGAUCGGGGAAGGUGGUUUUGGUCCCGUCUACAAGGGUACAUUAUUGGAUGGUACAAUCAUUGCUGUGAAACAACUUUCAGCUAAAUCAAGACAAGGAUACCGCGAGUUUUUGAAUGAAAUAGGCAUGAUCUCUUGUCUACAACACCCUAAUCUUGUGAAACUUUAUGGGUGUUGUGUUGAGAGAAAGCCAUUAUUGCUCGUGUAUGAGUACUUGGAAAACAACAGCCUUGCCCGUGCUCUUUUUGGUCCAGAAGAGUGUCAGCUGAAAAUAGAUUGGCCUACCAGACAAAGAAUCUGUGUUGGUAUUGCAAAAGGUAUAGCUUUUUUACAUGAAGGAUCAGCAAUAAAAAUUAUUCAUAGAGACAUUAAAGCCACCAAUGUGCUUCUUGACAAAGAACUCAAUCCAAAAAUUUCCGACUUUGGUCUGGCUAAACUUAACGAUGAUAGAAAUACACACAUCAACACAGGAGUUGCGGGGACAAGGGGAUACAUGGCUCCUGAAUAUGCAAUGUGGGGCUACUUGACAUUCAAAGCUGAUGUUUAUAGUUUCGGGGUGGUGACACUGGAAAUUGUUGCUGGGAAGAACAACAUGAAGUAUCAUCCAGAUGAGGAUUACGUUUGCCUCCUUGAUCGGGCACUUGUUCUUCAAGAAAAUGGAAACCUAAUGGAGCUAAUAGAUCCAAGAUUGGGUUCUGAUUUUGACAAAGAACAGGCACUCAAAAUGAUCGAAGUGGCUUUGCUUUGUACUAAUCCUUCCCCAGUCCUUAGGCCAUCCAUGUCUGAAGUAGUUAACAUGCUUGAAGGCAGUGAUGAUAUUCUUGAGUGUAAAUCCGAUCAAAAUGAAAUCAAUAGUGAAGUAGUGAGAGACGGUUAUGAUGAAAUGCCAGUCGACUUAAGUGAUUCUCCUUAAAAUGUACUUUUUUUUUUCUUCAUAUGCAAAUUAACAAUGAAAAUUUGCAUCUUUAAAAACUACAUCAAGAAAUUAUACUUGUAAGUUGUAACAUUCAAUUUUCUUCCUUCCAAAGUUAAGAGCCUUGGCAGUGAGCCAAUUACCAA